AUGUGGUCCACAUGCAAACUGCAAACUAAUGAGAGAGGCGCCCAUGGCCCAUCAAAUCCAGCCCUCCGACAAAACGAAAUCCAACGGCUGUCAUUAAAAGUUACGUACCCACAGCAUUGGACGGCAGUCGUUCAACCCCAAAAAAAAGAAAAAAAACACCAAAAACAAAAGAAAAUUAAUGAAUCCCAAGUCUCUCCUGAAAGUGAAAACGAAAAAAGAACAGUUCCGUUGAAGUUGAAAAGCAAAGCCCUAAAAUUUCUGUGUGCCUAUUUUUUGGUGGCUUAUAGCCUUUUCGAUCUUUCGCUGAAAGGGCAGAGGAAAUCAAUCAUGAGAGGAACAAAACGUCUCGCCACAUCGUCGUCGGAGUUGGCGCCGGAGUCCAAUGACACGGGUAUGCGAACUAAAAGGGCAAUGAGAUCCUUUUCUGAUGUUCACAAGGCAGUAACAUCGCAGAAGCAGUUCAAAACUGCAACGCCAUCCCUAGAUGUGCAGCGAGCUGAGUUGUCUCGACAGCAUGUGAGAGCUCUCAAUUCCCAAUUCGCCAGCUGGGUGCAAAAACAACUUAAGAAUCACCCUGAUGAACUUUGGGAAGAUGGAGUUCAUGACUAUCUUACUCAUGCAUCCAGUAUCAUGCAAAAGUUCAGUGAUGUAGUGAACUGGUUAAAAGCAAAUGGAGCUAAGGGAGGACCUGGUGCCGAAUCUUCUGCCAGUGACAAAAAACCAUCACCUGAUACUAAUAAGAUAAAUGAGAAUAAUUUAUCUAAUGAGAGACCACCUGCUUUUGCUUCAACAAGUACGAGCUUUACUACAGCUGCAUUGCCUCCUGCCAUAUUCUCCUACAAUCAAAGCUCGGGAGCAGUGUCUAGUAGUAAAAACUCAAGCCUGCUUCUGUCAAAUAGCCAAAGCUCAGGAAUGUUCUCUGGUAGCCAAAGCCCUGCCUUACCGACAAACAGUCAAACGUCUGGAUUGUUAUCGAGCAGUCAGAGUACUGGGAUUUUCUCAAAUAGUGCUGGGAUGUUCUCCAAAAGUCAAACCCAAAGCUCCGGGUUACUAUUGAAUAGUCAAGGUGCUGGGUUAUUCUCAAAUAGCCAAACCCAAACUUUUGGGUCACUAUCCAAUAGCCAAGGUGGUAAUUUAUUCUCAAGUAGUUCGGGCCCUGCAUUGUUUUCAAGCAGUCAAAGUACUGGGUUCUUUUCCAGCAGCCCAAGCAGUGGAUUAUUUUCUGAGAGUCCAAGUUCUGCGGGUGGGUUUGCCAGCGUACCAGCUCCUAUCUUGUUUGAUGAAUUGCCACAGCCUGGCAGUCCAUCAGUGAAGAAGGUUGAAGAAAAGGGUGUUGCCAUUGUCCAUCAAGUCAAGUGCAAACUCUAUGUCAAGUCAAUUGAUCCUGCAGAUAAAGACACAUGGAAGGACAAAGGACCAGGGCAGCUUUCUAUAAAAUGUGCCGAGGGUGUCAGCAAGGGGACGAAAGAAUCAAGCCCAACUCUUAUCAUUCGUAAUGAUCUGGGGAAGGUGCUACUAAAUGCUUUGCUUUACCCAGGAAUUAAGACGAGUUUACAGAAGAAUUCUGUGGUUGCCAUAUUUCAUGUAGCGGCGGAUGAUUCUGGUAGCAAUGAGAGCGUUGCGGCAAGAACAUUCUUAAUCCGAACAAAAACUGAGGACGAUCGGGACAAGCUAGCAACCGCUAUCCGGGAAUAUGCGCCUGAAUCGUGAAUGUAGCAGUUUGGUUGGUCACAAAACUUAUCCAAACGAUAUAAUUUAUGAUAUGAUCACUCCCUCUAACUCUGUCAGAUUUUGGAUUUGUUUGAUUUCAUAGCCAAGUGCCCAAUUUUAGGAUUUCAACAGCUUGGCAUUCAUAAUUUAUGAUA